AUGAAAGUGCUUCAGUUUGCAGAAAGCAACAGAAUCAAGUUGGAUUGGUACAGAUGCCAUUCAGAGAAUAAUUCUGGUAAUGGUAAUCUGCUGACGAAAUGUUUCGACUUGAACGAUAUUGAACCAAGAUUUUGCCACUUGAAUUUUAACGAGAAUGAUAUUACAAUAAUUGGUUAUUAUUGUUGA